AUGUGGAAGAAUUCAAUAUUCUUCUUACUGUUGUCUCUCUCUGCAACAUCAACGGUUUCCGGACAACAGCGACGAGUGAUUGAUCCAAUUCGCAAUGCUCUUGGCUUUUGGAGCCGUCUGCUUAAUCGUAUGGCACAGCCACGGUUACCAUCCGACGAUGAACUAAGGUUUACAAUAGACGAUUUUGACUUAGAUAAGUUAGAAAAACUUUUACGACAUGGAACUGAAGGACACAUUGGGGGACAAUUAGUCGAUAAACAGAAAGUUCAGCAGCUUCUUGCACCGUUGAAUGGUGUGACACCAAAACCUGCAACAUCUGCUGCUCCACCAAAUUCCACCACUAUAAAGGAGUCAUCAGUUAAUGCAGUAAAGCACAAGAAGACCCCAAACGUUCCCGAAGGUAUACCUGAAGCUGAUGAAUUUAACAGUACAAACGCCGAAAUGCUCUUGCAGCUGGCCAGAAAGGAAUUAGAUGAAAUAAAACUUGAAGAAGAAAAAAGUAAUAAUCAAACUGAACUAAGUAAGACAACAACAUCCGUAACAUUAUCGACGACAACUGUGCCUAACACUGUAACAAAUGCUACCUUGAACAUGCCUCAAUCAACAGUGCCUCAAAAUGCUCAGAACGGAAGUACAGAGAAUCAUCCUGUUUCUGCACUGAACAGUAACGAUAUUUCUGAGGACAAGAAAACAGUGUUGGCUGCUUCCUCAGAUGGAAAUAACGUUGCUGAUGAAGAAACAGAGGAAAAUCUUUAUUUUGAAAAAGAACUGCGCGCGCGAAUGAAACAUUUUGAAGAGGUAGAAAAUGCAUUGCUGAGUGAAUUAGGAAGUGGUGAAGAACCCGAGAGCACUUCUAAAAAGGACGGAAUUCUGGAGGCGGAUCCGUUGCCAGAAAUCACUGCAAAGUUGUCUCUUGACUCAAAACCAAGUAUGGAAAAUGGAAAAACUGCAAAUGAAAAUGUUCAAUUAGAAAAAAAAUCUGAUUCUGAAAACCAACAAGGAAAAAAGAGUGGGGAGAAUGAAGGAAUUGAAAGAAAGAGCUUUGAAAUAAAGAAGUCCGAUGAAACUGGAGAGGAAUCUGGGAAUAAAAUUGCAGAGAAUGAGAAUAACGCUAAAAGUACCAUAAUAAACGUUGGUAGCCAGAUUAAAACACCUCCUGCGCAGGAGUUUCCAGACGGAGAAGAAGAAGAUCCAGUAGUAGAAGAAGGUACUACGACAAGCAAACUAACCGAAACGACGGCUACAACAACUACAGAAGUUCCAACGACAAUUACAACACCUGACAAAACCACUACACUGCAGGCGACAACUUCAACGUCAACUACAGCAUCUGAGAAAACCACUACACUGCAGGCGACAACUUCAACAUCAACUACAACACUUGAAACCACUGUCCUCGUCAAUAAUGAUGUUAACGAACGAAAACAGCCAACUUCUGAGAUGAAAGACUUAACAGACGAGCAUGCAGCAUUAAAACCAGUUGAGAAGAUUGUUGAUGGUAUAGGACCACUAAUACUUCCGCUACUUGGAUACGGACAUGACGCUCCAAGAAAAUAUUAUCCAUAUUUACAACAUGGAGUUGAAAACAAUUUUGUUCGACCAGAAGGUAAGUCGCGUAAUGGGUUAGCAGAUUUUAAGGCGAUAGUUUCAGGAAACCUUGCUUUACUUCUAGUAAAAGGGAGAGCUUUCUCUGACCCAAAAUCUUUACCCGAAGAUAUAGUUGGUAUGGGUGCAGCAAUUGCUUCAGAAUUGGCUCGAAGCUAUGUGACUGAUCACCUCGUAAAUGUUGCUCAGGCCCGACACAUAACAUCACCAGUGUUAGCUAGUCUGCCCAACGCUGGAGUGGCGGCUGCCUCUCUCGCAAGACCGGUAAUAGCGUCAGCGGGAAGAACAUUCAAUACAGGUGGCUUGUCUUCAGCAGUGGGCACCUCAUAUCCUGGGAUACCUGUUUUUCGCAAUCGUUACGAGCAAUAUAUUCCGCCACAAACGUACCGCCAGAACAGUAUCUCAGAUUCCACAACAACAUAUCACUGGCCAAGCAUGAUGGCUUCGGAUCAGAGAGUGAUUCGUGUGCCGCAAAGAUCUCUCGCUAAUUCUCCUUCUCGUGUGGGCAAUGGAUAUAUACCUUCGUCAAGGUCCAAUGCAGCAGUGCUAAAUUUGCGUCGUCCAGAAACGGUUACUUCUAUCGGUAAAGUAGAUUAUACUAGAACGCAAGAACCAGUUGGUGCUGAACGAAAAUAUCAGCACGAAUAUAUGAAAAACCAACAAACUGCUAAAAGUAUGGGUAGCAUUCCAUUCCAUAAACGGUAUGUCCCAAAUCCAUCGCAGUUUCGUCAAAAGGUUAUGUUACCUUUCCAAGCGCCUACACCUAGCUUUUCAUCGCCAGCAUACUCGCCUAUGAUGCCCGUACAUGAUUCUGCUAACGCUUUGUAUAACGGUAAUUAUAAUUUAAAUAAUGGUUUCCCACAAUUACAAAGUCCAACCGUGCUCAGAAGCGACAAGCCGAUCCCACUGAUUGACCCACCACAGGACGGUCUAUUGUCGCCAAGGAUGGCUGAAAAGAUAGCUGCCAGUGUUGCUGCAGCGUUACCUGGUUAUACUGAUAUUUAUGAAGCAAGCGGCAGGACUGAGAGCAGAACUCCAGAAAAAAAUGAUGAAACAGUGCAAGAAUUCGGUAAAAAAAGCGUUUUUCUUGGAGAUUCUGGCAUAAUGGCAGGAACACCAAACAGUGGACCAACUGACGGCUUUCCGGAAAGUCUUUUUUCGCUGAAGGGCAAUUCGAUUUCAAUAUCCGGAAACAAUGCAGAUCCUAAGUUACGCUUGUAG